AUGUUCCGAUGGAAGAUGUUCCGUCAAAUCAAGGUGCAUCGUGAGGACUGGCCUCUUCAACAGAUUCUGUGGCGGGAUUCUCAAAGUCAGAUCAACCAGCUCACCACCGUGACCUACGGGACUGAAUCAGCCCCAUUCUUAGCCUAUAGAGUUCUCAACCAACUGGUCGCGGACGAAGGACAUGGUUUUUCUCUAGCAAUCUCUCCGUUGACCAGUGGAAGAUACGUGGAUGACAUCUGUGGUGGUGCUGAAAAGGAGAGUGAUCUUCUAGAAGUCUCCAAGCAAGUGAGGGAUCUUUGCUUAGGUGGUGGUUUCCCUCUAGCAAAGUGGCAUAGCAAUAGUCCGUCUCUACUCAGAUCUCUGAAUCCAGAAGGUGUCUCUCAGGAUCAUAAGCUGCUAGAGGAUGCCAUCAAGAAGAUUCUUGGUUUGAAGUGGGAUCCAAACACAGACCAAUUCAAGUUCUCAAUCCGCCUUCCGGCCAACUCAAAGGUGCGGAAGAGGAAUAUGUUGUCUGAGAUAGCUCAGUUGUUCGACCCUCUGGAUCUGCUUUCUCCUGUGGUAAUUAGGGCAAAGGCACUCCUACAGCGUCUCUGGGUUGUGAAGCUGGACUGGGAUGAUGCGCUCUCAUCACAAAUCUCGCAUAAUUGGACCCAAUUCCGUAAGGAGCUAUCUCAGGUCGAAAAUAUCUCCAUUCCUCGUUGGCUCGGAGUCAAGAAGGAUGCUCUGGUGGAAAUACACGGGUUCUCAGAUCGCAAACAGCGAUGGCGGCAGUUGUAUAUGUGA